AUGCGACUCUGGCCCAAGCUCCCAGUCACUACGCAAGACGUAACUAUAACUUGUUACGAUGACUUGGGUAAUCCAAAAACGCACGGUCUAGAGCAGAGAUAUGUCAGCCCUACUACUGGGAUCUGUCGAAAACUCGUCGUGCAAGCUAUCGCUCCCUCUGGAAAAUUCGAAGUCCCCAUCAGCAACCACACCAAUCAGGCAAGCAAAAUCGCCAUAUGGCUGCUAGCUAAUUCCCCCGUACGAGGGUGGAUCAUUCUUAAAUGGAUAACCGUGUGGUUGUGGUUUACCUUGAAGCUCUUCUGGUCAGUCGUAUGGCUGCUCGCGCAGCUUUUCUCCCCCAUCGACUUGGCAGAUGACACUGGGGAAGAUACCGACUUGUUUAACACCGGAUACUACAAAUCGUACGCUCGCGGCUUCCAGGGUCAGCUAUGGGCAGCCCGUUCGCCUAUGGAGCAUUCUUCCCGCAUUAUCGAGGAGGGUGAGAUGGAUGUUCCUACGCAUACCCUUUAUCCUCGACUCCUUAUCAUCCGCGACCCGUUCCGAAAUGUGUGGACCCCAUGUACAGAUCGUGAUAUCAUCAUCCGUACAAAAUUCAUCGCCAUCUCUUUCCGCGCCCUUGAUGCCUACACUCGAGGCGCAGAUGACGAGGCGAUUCAAAAAGCUCAGUUCAUUGAGGAGGUUCGUGCAGCUGUGAUCGAACAAAAAUACAACGCGUAUUGGCUCGACUUGGAGUGUAUAGGAGAGACGCCGUCAGAGAAGAAUCUGGAUUUGUACUGCAUGGCGGACGUCUACCGUGGAGCAGAUUUGACUUUGAUCAUGCUCGGAAAAUCUGCAGCUGGGGAGGACGAGUGCUGGAGAGGCUGGGGCCAACGGGUGUGGACUAUGCCCGAGGCCCUCCUGAGCUCUCGCCUUUGCUACAAGUUCCGAGAUCGGGAAGCGACUACGCCCUUGUCGUUGUUUGAGUUGGCUAACCUAGCCUAUACAAACUACGAUAUCGAACAAGCUAUCAUCAACGCAUACAGCGGCAAGGAUCCGCUUGAGAGGUUGGAGCGCUUAACGCUGUUGAAAUCAGCUAUAUGGCGUCGCGGCACAGCAGCUCUAGCAUCAGGUAUUGCUCCUCCCCCACCAAAGCUGGAUAUGAUAGGCGACUCCGAGAAGCCUGUCGUCAGCGGGGCGUACAAAGCUGAGCGUGUGUAUGCGCUGAUGGGCUUUUUUGAACACCGGAUCCAGCCAAACCGUUCAGAGGACGAUUUGCGCGCUCUUGUGAGGCUGUCAAUGGCUAACGACAAUGACCGUAUCGCUGAGCGCAUGGUAUCCAUGCUCCCUUCGACCAUCACCCAGACAGCGUGUUGGUACUCUGACGAUGAUAUAUACCGCGCCAACCUUUGGGAUAUCGUACCGGAGAUCCAGGUGGCUGGUGUCACGGAGAAUGGAGCGCUUGUGGUUGACGGGUGUCGGGCGGCAUCCAUCAGAUGGAAAGAUUUCCCCGAGGUUGCGUUUGUGACCACAGAUUCAUUGAGGAGGACCAUCAUCGGUUUCGUUCCCUAUCUCUCAUGGCCGACUCUUAUCAUCGGGCUAGGCAUUUUCAUGAUGAACAGAGUGGGAGGCAUCACGCUCAUCGUAAUCGGAAUCGUGCUUCUUAUCAUUUCCCCCCGACUUUUCGUUUUCAGUCAAUCCGGGCGUAUCGUCAGCGCACAACCAUGGUUCAUCGGAGUAAAAGGCGUCAUCAGCAUCAAAGAGGUAGAGAGCCACUUGUACGGCGGUGCCAGAGGACACUUCCCAAGAAUGUAUUUCACGCCGAGCGGAUCGCAGUUCUCGAUUCCAGAACGAGGCUUGGACCGGGGAGGUUCGUUCAGACAGUACGACUAUGCAAAACUAGCAGAUAGUGGACCUGAUGCGGGACAUAUCUAUACGCUCAUCGACACGUGCUCGUCGACGAUGUACUAUUUCCGUGCGGAGCGACCGCCGACUGUGUGUAUAUUUGCCGGGCGGGAAGGAGGGCUUGGGAGGUUUGUGCUGUGUUCGGAGAGGUGUGGUAUCAAUGAGCUACAUAAGGAGACCGUGUUGAGGAUGCCGACGGAGAUCAGUCAGAAGAUGGAGCUGUGUGGAUGGGUCGCGCUUGGAUGA